GCUGCCGCGGGCCCCAGCGACGGCGCAGUGCUAGUGAAGCGGGCGCCCACCUCUGAUUCGGAACUGGAAGAGCGCGCGGGGCCAAAGUUUAAACAUGGAUGAAGCCCCUCUGGGAGCUUGAGGAAGCGGGAGGUCGCACGUCUCUGAGAGGCCACUUUGUAUACUACACGAACCCAAUGAGCCUGAACUACAUGGACGAGAACGACCCGCUGGAGGACGACGAAGACUACGAGGACGUGGACGCCUGGUCCCCCGCGCCUUCGUCCUCCGCGGCGGCGUCGCCAACGCCCCCCGCCGUGGACCCCCUCAUGACCCCGGUGGUGUCGCGAGCGGCGUCGCCCUCGGCGUCGGCCCCGCGCCGCUCCCCCAGGAAGGGCGCCGCGGCCGUGCAAGUGAAGACUGAGCCCGGGCCGUCCCGCCUCCCCGGCCGCCACGCCUGCUGCGUGCCGGGGGCGCCGUGCGACGCGCACAGCGACGCCGUGGCCAACGUCAUCGCCCAGUUCCUGCCGCAGCCCACUCGCCCGCCCAGGAACGGGCACGGGGUCGCGCGGGCCAGGAGGCUCGGCACCAUCGCCAAGAAGGCCAAGCCCUCAAAGGCGACCAAGUUCAGGCGCCAGAAGCAGCCCCUCGCCCCGGCCGACUCGGAGGGCGAGGCUGCCAAGUCCAACAAGAAGUCCUUCAACAACAGGCCGCAGCCGCUGGUGCUGCACGAGGAUGACACCUCCCGUCGCUUCCGCUGCCGCAGGUGCAAGGGCCUGGUCGAGGGCGGCGACCGCGCCCUGCUCGACCACUGGAGGCGCAAGCACCUGGCGGUCGGCGCGAGGCUGGACCCCUCCCAGAUCACCGCGCACGAGCUCAACGAGCAGCUCGCGCAAAACGUCCUGGACCUUCCGCGAAAGACAUUGAUGAAGACUUACCGCGGGCCAGGAGGUUACCGAUGCCCCGUGUGCUCCAAGGUGAUAACUAUGGUGCAGAGGCUUAGGACUCACGUGUAUUGUCACAUGGAAAACCCGCCAGAGAACUUUGUUUGUAAGGUGUGUCCCACACGCACCACCUUCUAUGAGUAUUCAGGGAUGUGGCGCCACUACCUACAAUGGCACAAAAAUGCUAAACCAUACGCUUGUGAGUUUUGUGAUCAGAGCUUUAAAUUGCCAAGCCUCUUAAAUGAUCAUGUUAGAAAAUACCAUAAAGAUAAAGUUAUAUUGAAAGGUACUUCUUACAUUAAGAAGUAAUGUCAGCAGGCAGUUUAAAUUGUUUUAUCUUAAUCCAAAUCUUUAUCUAAUGAAUUUUGACUGGUGGGGGAUAAAACCUCCAUGACACUAAAUUAUUCCAUGAAGAAAUUUAGUUCUACGCAAGUUUUCUAUGCAAUUGGGUAAUGUUCAAUAAAGUAAUUUUUUUGUAUAGUAUAAUUUUGAUGACUUUUGUAUUGUUACUUCGCUCCCUUUCCUAACAUUAUAGUGUCAAUAUACCAGCCCAUUCCCAGGUUUUAUUGUGGCUCCUAGUGGCAUAUUCCCCGGUUCUUCUGUGGAGUCUGACUCUGAGCCUUUCCUGAAUCAUCAGUAUCUUCAACCAAUUCUUAUCAAGACUAACUUGGGCAGGCCAUGUGUGCUUCACAACAGGUACAAGUACCGAAAAAAACCACCAAGAAAGGCCUGGAGCUGUUGUGCAAGCACUUGCAAUGCCAAAGUGAUCAUGAGUGAUGACUGCAGUGUAGUGCUAGAGUGUCGAGGAGUCCACACUUGCAUGCCCUUGUCCGAUGAAAAGAUACAGAGGACACUAAUGAAGUUACAAAUGAAUAUGUAGCUGAAUUAUGAUUUUAUUUGUACUGGUCUUGAUACUGUUAUACUAGGGUUUACUUUUUAGUUUGGUGUAAAAUAUAUUAGUGAGAAAUAUUGAAUAUUUUUUCCCUAACUGUAAAAAAGCUCUUUGUCUUUCUCUGAUGAGAGUCAAGUUUAUUGUUAUUUUUUAAUCAUGCAAGUUUCCAUCCUAUCACCAUUCACGUUUCGAGUUUCUAAUCUUUGGUUCCGGACACCGAGCAAAUAAAACAACUUGGCAAAAA